CGUGCAGGUCUCUGGGGCUUGUGGGCUCUUCUGGUCCAGGGUCGGUUUCGCUUGGACAGCAAGCGCACGGAGGCGCCCAGGAUGUGAGUGUGUGCCUGCGAGAGGAGCGACCAUACGGGGCUCCGUUCUCCGUGGGAGCGCGGUAGUGGACCGGGAGAGCGUCCGCGGGCCUGUGGGAUCAGGCUGCCCAUUGAUUUUCCUCAGCCUAAUCUCCGCGUAGCCAACACGGGCUGGCAGCUCACCUUCUGCCCCAGAUGCAGCGAAGCUUACCAGCGGAGUCUGACGAGCACCCUGGCAAGCUGAGUGGUUGUAAGUCAGGAGCGAGCAGGCGGAGGGAGGGAGGGAAGGGGACACUGGGAGCGCAGUUCGAGUGAGGAUGACAGAGUUCCAGCCCAAGUGGAGCUGCGAGUAUUGCACGUACGAGAACUGGCCAUCAGCCAUUAAAUGCACUAUGUGUCGUGCUCAAAGACCCACUGCCCCCAUCAUCACCGAGGAGCCCUUUAAGAGCAGCCCAAGUCUAAACUCCCACCUCUGCCCUGGCCAAGAGGGCUCCAGCGUACUCAUCUGCCCGGACUCAAGUGCCCGGCCACGUGUAAGGAUCUCUGACGAGGUGCCUGAGACGACCAGCAAAUGGUCAUGCCACAUGUGCACCUACCUGAACUGGCCACGGGCCAUUCGCUGCACACAGUGCCUCUGUCAGAGGCAGCAGGGGGCCCAGCAGGGUCCUCCACGGCCCUCAGAGACUCCACAGACCUCCGAACCUGGGUCCCGACCCACCCCUGGUAUCCCGGACCCCUGUGAGGAAUACAACGACCGCAACCGUCUGAACACGCACAUACAGCACUGGGCAUGUUCUGCCUGCACCUUUGAGAACUGGCCAAAGAGCCUUAGGUGUGUGGUGUGUGAUCUCCCCAAACCCAGCACCAUGCCUGAGGCUGUCCAUCAGGAGUCAGAUGCUGAGGGCACCAUGUCCUUGUCCAUAUUGAACGAGCAAGAGAGGACAUCAGUGGGAGGGGGUGUUAGCGGGGUGGCUAAAGCUAGUCAGAGGAGAUCCUCACCAACGCUCUCAACAGGGCAGGCAGAGGUGCAGAUCGAGCUGGCAUCUGGAGCAGUAGGCACUGAAGACGUGCAGGAGAUGGACUUUAAAAAACUCAAGCAGAUUAGGAACAGGAUGAGGAGGACUGACUGGCUCUUUCUCAACGCAUGCGCAGGUGUGGUGGAGGGUGAUCUGGCUGCUGUCGAGGCCUUUAAGUCAUCGGGUGGCGACAUUGCGCGUCAGCUGACCUCAGAUGAGGUGCGCCUGCUAAAUCGUCCAUCUGCGUUUAACGCUGGCUUCACUCUGGUGCACCUUGCAAUCCGUUUUCAGCGCCAGGACAUGCUCUCUGUGCUUCUCACUGAGGUGUCUCAGCAAGCAGCCAAGUGUAUUCCUGCCAUGGUGUGUCCUGAGCUAACUGAACAGAUUCGCCGGGAGGUUGCAGCAGCUCUGCACAGACGCAAAGGAGAAUUCCCCUGCUACUUUCUCACCGACAUCACUACCUUCACUCUUCCUGCAGAUAUUGAAGACCUACCCCCUAAUGUCCAAGAGAAGCUGUUUGAUGAGGUGUUGGAUCGAGAUGUACAGAAAGAGCUGGAGGAGGAGUCUCCCAUCAUAAACUGGUCUCUGGAGCUGGGCACACGGCUAGACAGCAGGCUUUACGCUCUGUGGAACCGCACUGCAGGAGACUGCCUUCUGGAUUCAGUGCUGCAGGCCACAUGGGGAAUUUACGACAAAGACUCUGUAUUGAGGAAGAGCCUCCACGACAGCCUACACGACUGCUCACACUGGUUCUACAGUCGCUGGAAGGAAUGGGAAUCGUGGUAUUCUCAGAGUUUUGGCCUACAUUUCUCUCUGAGGGAGGAGCAGUGGCAGGAGGACUGGGCGUUUAUUUUGUCACUGGCUAGUCAGCCGGGGGCGAGUUUAGAGCAGACUCAUGUGUUUGUUCUGGCCCACAUUCUUCGUCGGCCCAUCAUCGUGUACGGAGUGAAAUAUUACAAGAGCUUCCGAGGGGAGACGCUGGGAUACACCCGCUUCCAGGGUGUGUAUCUGCCGCUACUUUGGGAACAGAGUUUUUGCUGGAAGAGCCCCAUUGCCCUCGGCUACACACGCGGCCACUUCUCAGCCCUAGUUGCUAUGGAGAAUGAUGGUUAUGACAACCGUGGCGCGGGUGCUAACCUGAACACAGACGAUGAUGUUACGGUCACUUUCUUGCCCUUAGUGGACAGUGAGAGGAAGCUGUUACACAUCCACUUCCUGUCUGCCCAAGAGAUGGGGACAGAGGAGCAACAGGAGCGCUUGCUGAGACAGUGGUUAGACUGUUGUGUGACAGAGGGCGGCAUCUUGGUGGCACUUCAGAAGAGCUCCAGGAGGCGCAACCACCCCCUUGUCACACAGAUGGUGGAGAAGUGGCUGGACGGCUACCGGCAACUGGGCACCUGCCCCGCCCUCUCAGAUGGAGAGGAGGAAGAAGAGGAUGAAGAUGAGUGAGAUGAAAAGGAUUACGAGAAGUUUAAUUCUCUCUUCAUAAAGACUUGGUGCACCUUACCUUCCCUCUUUGAAGAACACACACACACGUUAAUAUGUACCGUUAUUUACCCCAUCUCACACACACACACACACACACAUCCUUACCAGCCUCUUUUCAACAAACUGGUGGUCUCUUCUCACUGCUGCAAAUCCAUUUUGGGGCAGUGUGAAAUAAAGGAAUUUAGGUUCAGAAUG